GUUUGUUACUUGACUCUCCUCAAACCAGUCAUCUGUGGAUCGGGAUAUCUUUGGAAGAAGAAAAAAAGGAAGGAAAAAAAAAAAGAAAAACCACACCACUCCCUUUGAAAUCAGACAGCCAUGAAGUUCUGCCACUCUGCCCUGCUGGCCCUCGUCGGCACCACCUUGGCCAGCCCGUCAAGGACGGUAAAGAGCGAGCCCCGCCAGGCAUCAGCCGGCUGCUCGGCUGCCGUGACGCUCGACGCCAACACAAACGUCUUCUCAAAGUACACGCUGCACCCCAACAGCUUCUACCGCGCAGAGGUCGAGGCUGCCGCCGAGGCCAUCUCGGACUCGACACUCAAGGCACAAGCCCUCAAGGUCGCCGACGUCGGCAGCUUCCUGUGGAUCGACACCAUCUCGGCCAUCAGCCGCAUCGAGCCCGGCGUCUCGGACCAGCCCUGCAACCACAUUCUCGGUCUCGUCAUCUACGACCUGCCCGGUCGUGACUGCGCCGCAAAGGCCUCCAACGGUGAACUCAAGGUCGGCGAGCUGGCCAAGUACAAGUCUCAGUACAUUGACCCCAUCGCCGCCCUCCUCAAAAAGUACAGCAACCACGCCUUCGCCCUUCUCAUUGAGCCCGACUCCCUCCCGAACCUGGUGACCAACAGCGACCUGUCCGCGUGCCAGCAGUCUGCCGCCGGGUACCGGGACGGCGUGGCCUACGCCCUCAAGACGCUCAACCUCCCCAACGUGGUCAUGUACAUCGACGCGGGCCACGGCGGCUGGCUGGGGUGGAACGACAACCUCAAGCCGGGGGCCGAGGAGUUGGCCAAGGCGUACAAGGCGGCGGGGAGCCCCAAGCAGCUCCGCGGCUUCGCCACAAACGUGGCCGGCUGGAACGCGUGGGACCUGACGCCCGGCGAGUUCUCGUCCGCCUCGGACGCCCAGUGGAACAAGUGCCAGAACGAAAAGAUCUACGUCGAGACCUUUGGCCCCCUGCUCAAGAGCGCCGGGAUGCCCAACCACGCCAUCGUCGACGUCGGCCGAAACGCCGUCCAGGGCCUGCGCGAGGAGUGGGGCCACUGGUGCAACGUUGACGGCGCUGGGUUCGGCGUUAGGCCUACCACGUCGACCGGCAGCUCGCUGACUGAUGCACUCCUUUGGGUCAAGCCUGGUGGCGAGUCUGAUGGUACCUCUGACACGAGCGCUACCCGUUACGACAGCUUCUGCGGCAUGCCUGAUGCCUACAAGCCCUCGCCAGAGGCCGGCCAGUGGAACCAGGACUACUUUGAGAUGCUUCUCAGGAAUGCCAAGCCCCAGUUCUAAAGAAAUGGCUUAUUGUAGGGAAUCAUGUUGACCCUGCUGUGGUCAAUAUUCAACACGUUGCCGGGAGAAAAAGCGUUGGUCUUUCUUUUGGCCGCUCAUCAUGCCACUCGCUUUGCAUAGCUUAAACCAAAUGCAUUCUUGUUUCUUGUGCUUCAGCUGUACAUACAUCCCUAGUAUAUAUACUGACUGGUUGAACUUUUCCCUACUGCCACUUUUGUCCUUGUUCAACUUGACGCACUGGGUACUGCAUAUGUACUUAUAUUGUAAGGUAAACUAUGUCGUGGUUUCAAGUUUCACUUUGACACUCCAGACCAUCCCAAUGGCUCCAUGUCGAGCUCUUUACAAGUUGUGCCUUCGUUUCCCUUUUGCUGCC